AUGCGGGAGUCUCAGUCUGUUGCCUUUCGCCUGUCGCUGACUCUGGAAGCGUCCUACAAGUCUCACGCUGACGAAGAUGGGCUAGAGGACUGGGCCGUCGCUCCUAAGAACCCUCCGGACAUUCUUACAUACGACGAGGUGUAUGUCAAGCGCAAACUGGAACCGCCGACAGACCCGGAGUCAGUCAUCAUCGACCGGCCUCAUUCCUUUCCCCCCGAAAUUCCAGCUCAGCUGCUGCCUCCCCAUCCAAUGCAUCCACAUAGUUCUUCGUCUGAACAAGUUGCGACUCAAGAACAUGCUCAGCAGCUGAACACGAUCAGCAUACGUCUCUACACGCCAGCCACCUGUUCUGAGGCAACCGGUUUGUCUUCUUCAUCCUGCAAAAGUGUUCAUCAGCAGCUCUUCCGCACGACUCGGAAAGCAGUGAGUAUUGAUGGCAUCUAUUUUUUCGACAUACAGACUGAAGCAAUGAGCUUAGAAGGGCUAGACGACCCCUCUCAACAAAAAAAAGAACAGGAACACCGGCGUCCAGUUUUGUUCUUCUUGCAUGGCGGUGGCCUCGUGGGUCUUUCGACUGCUUCUUACGACAAACUUAUACGCCGUAUGACAAACCUUCUAGGUGCAGCCGAUGGCAUUGUCAUCUCAAUCGACUACAGGCAAGAAUCACUUCUUACGAAACACAACAAGGGAUGCUUUUAG